AUGAACAAAUCAUCAGUCUGGAAGACCCCAAAUCAGUUCCUGGCAGCCAAAACCACCCUUAUGCUGAUUGACGACCUAUCCCAACCCCUUCCAAUCCCAAAAUCAGUUCCAACACCCUUCGGCAACCCCAUCCUAGACCUGCACGGCUGCACAAAGCUCUCCCUCCCCUUCCUCCCAGACCAAGACCCAAGCACAACAGCCACAGACCCCCUAAAUGAAGCGACGUAUUUCCGCGCGCACCGUAAAUUCGAACGUCAAGAAAAGCAACUCCGCAACAUCGAGCGCAACCGCGCUCAACACGAACAACAAGUCCUAGAAAGUCUCAUAGACGAGCUACGCGGCCAAGACUGGCUGCGCGUAAUGGGCCUGCCCAGCGUCCACGAAACAGAAAAGAACACCUACGAGCCAAAGCGUGAAAUUCUAGUCCAAGAACUCGUCACCCUAAUCAGCAAAUUACAAGCAUGGAAGGAAGAAGAACGACGACAGGAAAGAAGAAAAAGAAAAAGAAAAACCAGACGACGCAGAUCCUCGCUCGAGAAAACGUUCCCAUCUCGAUGA